CAAAGCAAGUUUCAUGAGGGAGGAGGUCUAGUGAUCAGCUCCCGCGUUUGCUUGAGCGCUCUGUCCUCCUCUUCUUCUGGCUCCUCUUUCUCUCUCCCUCUCUCCCUGGGUUGGGGUGAACAGCAGGUGGCGCAGGCAGUGAGUGCAGACUCAGCUGGACACGGGGAUUAGAAAUCGGUGACACUCCGCUGACAUCUGCACUGGAGCUUCACACUGGAUGGACAACAAGCCCACCACGGAAAACUCAGGUGUCACAGCAAUAGCGUCACAGGCUGAGGUUGGGUGAAUAAACAUGCACAUGGACUGGAUGAGACAAGCCAGCACUGGAAUCAGAACGUGUGAGAAACAAACGGCUCAGAAAAAGAGAAAGAAGCAAAGUCCCUAAGUACAUGUUGGUCCUCAGGUGGGACCACACGGAUCAUGUAAGCCCAAGCAGCCUCUGCCGAUAAGAAGGGGUGAUACCAAAACAUGGAGGUGCUGCUCUGUGUCUGUGCCCUCUGUCAUCUAUUGCUAGGCAAACCUUGAUAUCAACAUGGGGUCAGACAACCCUUAAAACUAUGUAUAUAUUUAUAAGAACUGACUUCUGUCAGCAUGCAAAUGGAGCAUAGAUGAGAGAACCUUUUGAGACAGAGAAUCGGGCACUGACACGAUUGAAGUAUGUAGGCUAUAUGACCUAUGAUUCAGGACCUUCGAAGCAAAGACACAGGCAGUAUGGAAGUGCAGACCACCUCUCUGGUUCAGGUAUAUGUCAACGGUACGGAGCAACUAAACACCUCAUACGACUACAACGUCACGGACGCGUCUGAGAACCCAGACACCUAUCAGUUCUACACCAUCGGCCUCUUCCUCUCCUGCCUCUACACCAUCCUCCUCUUUCCCAUCGGCUUCAUUGGGAAUAUACUCAUCCUGGUGGUCAACCUCAACCACAGGGAGAAGAUGACCAUCCCGGACCUCUACUUUGUCAACCUGGCGGUCGCAGACCUCAUCCUGGUAGCAGACUCCCUCAUCGAGGUCUUCAACCUCAAUGAGAAGUACUAUGAGUACGCUGUUCUGUGUACCUUCAUGUCCUUAUUCCUGCAGGUCAACAUGUACAGCAGCAUCUUUUUCCUGACAUGGAUGAGCUUUGACCGCUACGUGGCUCUGGCCAGCUCCAUGAGCAGCAGUCCUUUGAGGACCAUGCAGCAUGCCAAGCUCAGCUGCAGCCUCAUCUGGAUGGCCUCCAUCCUGGCUACGCUGCUCCCCUUCACCAUUGUCCAGACCCAGCACCGCGGCGAGGUGCACUUCUGCUUCGCCAAUGUCUUUGAGAUCCAGUGGUUAGAGGUGACCAUCGGCUUCCUGGUGCCCUUCUCCGUCAUCGGCCUGUGCUACUCGCUGAUCGUGCGUAUCUUGAUGCGGGCGCAGAAGCACCGGGGCCUGUGGCCUCGCAGACAGAAGGCCCUGAGGAUGAUCGGGGUGGUGGUGCUGGUGUUCUUCAUCUGCUGGCUGCCUGAGAACAUCUUCAUCAGCAUCCAGCUGCUGCAUGGCACGGACGACCCGGCCCAGCGCAGCACCUUCAGCGGCCACCUGUGGCACGACUACCCGCUAACGGGCCACAUCGUCAACCUGGCCGCCUUCUCCAACAGCUGCCUCAACCCCAUCAUCUACAGCUUCCUGGGGGAGACCUUCAGGGACAAGCUAAGACUCUUCAUCAAGCAGAAGGCCAGCUGGUCCGUGCUCUACCGCUUCUGCCACCACACCCUAGAUUUACACAUACCUGUGAGGAGUGAGGUGUCGGAGGUGUAAUGCUGCAGGAUCAGCAACAUGUUUGAAUGAAAGGUUAGGAUGUAACAGAAGUCCAGGGGGGAGGAAGAGCUAUGUGCUGCUGUGUCUACCCAGCAGGAUCCUGGGAAUUGUCUUCAUGACACCCUCAAAGGCUUCCAGAAUUCAGCUUCUUAUAGGUGGUAGAGAUACCAUGGAGGAAAAGCUAGAAACUGACCAUGAGGCUGCCAUUUUGUCCCCUGUAAGUGCGGGUGGAGAAUGCACUGUGUAUCUACAUGUAUCUACACUGUGUAUCUAAUAAUGAGAUCUGGGUAUUAAAUACACAUUUGGAAAAUGGAGAAGGCAAAUUGAUGAAAAUACCAGGUUUGGUGUUCUUUCAAUGUCUUCUCUUCGCUCAUGAAACCGCAGCAAUCUACUCAGAGAAAUGGCGGUGAGGGAACAAAUUAAAACAGACACAUCAAAGGGACCAGUGACUUGCUUCUCCUUGACCCCAGUGUGGUUAUUGUAACACUGUAUACUGCUCAGAACUGUUUGGGUAACCCAUAAGACCGCUAGACAAACCUGUUGUCGGCUCGUUUUUUUGAUGUACUGACAAUGCCACUGUAUUGUAAGUAGAUGUCCUUUUCUUUGAUUUGAUUUGAUUUGAUUCUUUGUUUGCCUGUGCAAAGCAAUUGUCCACUAACACCACUUUUAUUUAAAUAAAUAAAAAUAAAUGUUUUUUUUUUUU